AUGACAACUGUAUACUCUGCAGAUUCAACUAAAUCAUUCAUGGUUGCUAUGCAAUCUAUGGUUGAUGCAUCACAAACCUUUAAUUUAGAUAAAUCGAAAAUUCAAUUGCCAGAUUUUGAUAAUGAGUUGAAGAGAAGUAGAGAGGAUGAACGAAAUAAGAAGACUGAACUAACCGUACUUUCUCAAGAUAGAAACGACUGGGAUGAUAUUUUCGAUGAGUUUCAAGACAUUUCAUUUCAACAAUUGCAGUCUAAAAUUGAUUCAUACAAAAAAGAUAAUUCAGUGGCAAUCUAUAAAGAAAUUGCCAAGUUAAUUAAAAAGGCCGCAACAUCGAUAAGCAGCAAUGUCCUACUAGAAUCUGUUCUUCAAAUGGUUUAUAACCACGAAAAGCAGAAGUUAGAGAAAGAACUGCUGGAUUUCUUAGGAACAGAAAACAUAGAGCUUGUUUCUUUGCUGCUGCAGCAUAGAAGGAUGAUCAUUGCGAUGCCAAUAGAAACCAUAAUCGUAUUGAUUGAAAAUGCUGCGAAAUCAACAUCAGAAUUUUUGACGCAACAAGAUAUCCGGAACCAAGUGUUACAAAAUGCGGAGAAUGCCAAGAAUCAAAAACUAAAUCCCGCUGAUAGAAUAAUCAAGUAUCCACAUGUCUUCAGAAAAUAUGAAGUGGGGUCAACUUCUGCUAUGGCCUUUGCUGGACAAAAAUUCACUCUUCCAGUAGGCACUACAAGGUUAUCUUAUCAGACUCAUGAAGAAAUAAUGAUUCCUGCCGCAGACCAGGCGUCUAAUAAAAACUACCUGUAUACAAAGCUAUUGAAAAUAGAGGACUUGGAUCAUUUUUGUAAGACUGUAUUUUCUUAUGAGACUCUAAACCAAAUACAAUCGCUAGUAUACCCUGUAGCUUAUACAACGAAUGAAAAUAUGUUGAUUUGUGCGCCUACAGGUGCAGGUAAAACAGACGUUGCACUACUUACGAUAUUAAACACGGUAAAACAGUUCUCCGUGAUCAACGAGGAAAACGAAAUUGAUAUACAAUACGAUAGUUUCAAGGUUGUCUACGUAGCCCCUUUGAAAGCACUGGCUGCUGAAAUUGUCGACAAAUUCAGUAAAAAAUUAGCGCCUUUCGAUAUUCAAGUAAGGGAAUUAACUGGUGAUAUGCAAUUAACAAAAUCAGAAAUUUUGGCCACUCAGGUAAUUGUUACGACCCCUGAAAAAUGGGAUGUCGUUACUCGUAAGGCGAAUGGUGACAACGAUUUAGUCUCAAAAGUCAAGCUGUUAAUCAUCGAUGAAGUACACUUAUUGCAUGAAGAUAGAGGUUCAGUUAUCGAAACCCUAGUGGCGCGUACCUUGAGACAAGUUGAAAGUUCUCAAUCUAUGAUUCGUAUUGUCGGUUUAUCUGCUACAUUACCGAACUUUAUGGAUGUGGCGGAUUUCUUGGGUGUGAAUAGACAGGUUGGUAUGUUUUACUUUGACCAGUCUUUCCGUCCAAAGCCUCUGGAACAACAGCUUUUAGGUUGUAGGGGUAAAGCUGGUAGCAGGCAGAGUAAAGAAAAUAUUGAUAAAGUUGCGUAUGAUAAACUAAGCGAAAUGAUUCAAAGAGGGUACCAAGUAAUGGUAUUCGUGCAUGCAAGAAAAGAAACUGUUAAAAGUGCAAGGAGCUUUAUUAAAUUAGCACAAGCCGAUCAUGAGAUUGAUUUUUUUGCACCCGACCCUGUAACGAAAGAUAACUAUUCCAGGCAGCUGGCAAAGAACAGAGAUAAGGAUAUGAAGGAAAUCUUCCAAUUUGGCUUUGGUGUUCACCAUGCUGGUAUGGCACGUUCGGAUAGGAAUUUAACCGAAAAAAUGUUCAAAGCCGGUGCUAUCAAAGUGCUGUGUUGUACUGCAACAUUAGCUUGGGGUGUUAAUUUACCUGCUGACUGUGUCAUUAUUAAAGGUACACAGGUGUAUGAUGCUAAGAAAGGUGGUUUCAUUGAUCUAGGUAUUUCUGAUGUUAUUCAAAUUUUCGGUAGAGGUGGUAGACCUGGUUUCGGUUCCGCUCAUGGUACAGGUAUUCUGUGCACGUCUGGCGAUCGUUUGGACCAUUACGUUUCUUUAAUUACCCAACAACAUCCAAUUGAAUCCAGGUUUGGUUCUAAACUGGUUGACAAUCUGAAUGCGGAAAUUUCAUUAGGAAGUGUAACUAAUGUAGAUGAAGCCAUUGAAUGGCUUGGUUAUACAUACAUGUUCGUCCGUAUGAGAAAAAACCCAUUUACUUAUGGCAUUGAUUGGGAAGAAGUUGCAAAUGACCCACAACUAUAUGAAAGGAGACGAAAAAUGAUUAUUGUAGCUGCAAGACGACUGCACGCUCUUCAAAUGAUUGUUUUUGACGAGAUAUCAAUGCAUUUUAUUUCGAAAGAUUUGGGCAGGGUAUCUUCAGAUUUCUAUCUCUUGAACGAAUCUGUUGAAAUCUUUAAUCAGAUGUGUGAUCCAAGAGCCACUGAAGCUGAUGUGUUGUCUAUGAUCAGUAUGAGUAGUGAAUUUGACGGUAUAAAAUUUAGAGAGGAAGAAUCCAAGGAAUUGACGAGACUUUCGGAAGAAUCAGUUGAGUGCCAAAUUGGGGGUCAGUUAGAUACGCCUCAAGGUAAAACGAAUGUGUUACUGCAGGCAUAUAUUUCUCAAAGUAGAAUUUUUGACUCAGCGCUAUCGUCGGAUUCGAAUUACGUUGCUCAAAACUCUGUAAGGAUUUGUAGAGCUUUAUUCUUAAUAGGUGUUAACAGAAGAUGGGGUAAAUUCUCAAAUGUUUUACUGAAUAUUUGCAAGUCUAUCGAGAAGAGGCUUUGGGCUUUUGACCAUCCUCUAUGUCAAUUCGAUUUGCCCGAAAACAUUAUUAGACGUAUCAGAGAUAGCAAUCCCUCCAUGGAACAUCUCCUAGAACUAGAGUCAGAAGAGCUUGGAGAGUUGGUGCAUAAUAGCAAGGCCGGAUCUAAACUUUAUAGAAUAUUAAGUCGAUUCCCAAAAAUUAAUAUUGAAGCAGAGAUUUUCCCUAUUACUACAAACGUAAUGAGGAUACAUGUUACUUUGGAUCCAGACUUCAUAUGGGAUUCAAGAGUUCAUGGUGAUGCGCAGUUCUUUUGGGUUUUCGUAGAAGAAUCUGAUAAGUCACAAAUUCUUCAUUUCGAGAAAUUUAUCUUGAAUAGAAGACAAUUAAACAACCAGCAUGAAAUGGAUUUUCUGAUUCCAUUAUCUGAUCCUUUACCACCUCAGGUUGUUGUUAAGAUUGUGUCAGAUACUUGGAUCGGCUGUGAGUCGACUCAUGCUAUUUCCUUCCAGCAUUUAAUUAGACCGUUCAAUGAAACUCUCCAAACCAAAUUGUUGAAAUUACGUCCCUUGCCUACUUCGGCGCUCCAAAAUCCAUUGGUUGAGUCAAUCUAUCCUUUUAAGUACUUCAAUCCCAUGCAAACAAUGACAUUCUAUACACUCUACAAUACCAACGAAAACGCGUUCAUUGGUUCGCCUACAGGUUCCGGUAAAACGAUUGUGGCUGAGUUAGCUAUAUGGCAUGCCUUCAAAACAUUUCCUGGGAAAAAAAUUGUUUAUAUAGCGCCAAUGAAAGCUUUGGUUCGUGAGAGAGUUGAUGAUUGGAGAAAAAAAAUCACACCAGUGACAGGAGACAAAGUUGUUGAAUUAACCGGUGAUUCUCUACCUGAUCCAAAAGAUGUUCAUGAUGCAACAAUUGUGAUUACAACACCAGAAAAAUUUGACGGUAUUUCUCGUAAUUGGCAAACCCGUAAAUUCGUUCAAGAUGUAUCCUUAAUUAUUAUGGAUGAAAUCCAUUUGUUGGCAAGUGAUCGUGGUCCCAUUUUAGAAAUGAUUGUUAGCCGUAUGAACUAUAUUUCCUCCCAGACUAAGCAACCCGUUAGACUGUUGGGUAUGUCUACAGCCGUUUCGAAUGCAUAUGAUAUGGCAGGUUGGUUGGGGGUUAAAGACCACGGAUUGUACAAUUUCCCAUCCAGUGUCCGUCCAGUUCCGUUGAAAAUGUACAUUGACGGUUUUCCUGAUAACUUGGCGUUUUGUCCUUUAAUGAAAACAAUGAAUAAACCAGCUUUCAUGGCUAUCAAACAACACUCUCCGGAUAAGCCUGCAUUGAUCUUCGUUGCAUCUCGUAGACAAACUAGACUGACUGCUUUAGAUUUAAUUCAUUUGUGUGGGAUGGAAGAUAAUCCACGUAGGUUCCUAAAUAUCGAUGACGAUGAAGAGCUACAAUAUUAUUUGUCUCAGGUUACCGACGAUACUCUCAAGCUAUCAUUGCAAUUUGGUAUUGGAUUACAUCAUGCUGGGUUGGUACAGAAAGAUCGUUCUAUUUCUCAUCAAUUAUUCCAGAGAAAUAAGAUUCAAAUUCUAAUCGCCACUUCAACUUUGGCCUGGGGUGUUAAUUUACCUGCUCAUCUGGUCAUCAUCAAAGGUACCCAAUUUUUUGACGCAAAGAUAGAGGGCUACAGAGAUAUGGAUUUGACGGAUAUUUUACAAAUGAUGGGAAGAGCUGGUAGACCAGCCUAUGAUACUACAGGUACUGCUAUAAUUUAUACAAAGGAAUCCAAGAAAAUGUUUUAUAAACACUUCUUGAACGUUGGUUUCCCUGUAGAAUCUUCUUUACACAAGGUGUUGGAUGAUCAUUUAGGUGCAGAAAUAACAUCCGGUAGUAUAACCAACAAGCAAGAAGCUCUUGAUUUUUUGAGUUGGACAUUUUUAUUCCGAAGAGCACAUCAUAAUCCAACGUACUACGGCAUUGAAGAGGAUACAAGUACCGCAGGUGUUAGCGAGCACCUGAGCUUACUGAUAGACACCACAUUAGAAAAUUUAGAAAAGUCGCAAUGUGUUUUAUUACACGGAGAUGACAUUGUUGCCACGCCGUUCUUAAGUAUAUCGUCAUACUACUAUAUUUCACACUUAACAAUACGCCAGCUAUUGAACCAAGUGCAUGAGCAUGCGACUUUUCAAGAAGUAUUAAGGUGGUUGUCAUUGGCCGUUGAAUAUAAUGAGCUACCUGUGAGAGGUGGUGAAAUUAUCAUGAAUGUGGAAAUGUCACAGCAAUCUAGAUAUUCUGUCGAGAGUACUUUCACCGGUGAAUUCGAAUUGCCAAUGUGGGAUCCUCAUGUCAAAACAUUUUUACUAUUACAAGCUCACUUGAGUCGUGUAGACUUACCCAUUGCAGAUUAUAUCCAAGAUACUGUAUCAGUUUUAGAUCAAUCUUUGCGUAUCUUACAAGCUUAUAUUGAUGUUGCUAGUGAACUUGGUUAUUUCCGUACUGUAUUGACCAUGAUAAAGAUGAUGCAAUGUAUUAAACAAGGGUAUUGGUAUGAAGAUGAUCCUGUAAGUGUAUUACCUGGUCUACAACUGAAAAGAAUUAAAGAUUGCAAGUUCAGUGAGCAGGGAUUCAUGGAAACAUUACCCCAAAAUAAGAAGAGUUUGCUGACUUUGGAGGAAAUAGGAAGACUUGGUUAUAAGAGACUGAUGGGUGUUUUUAAUCAGUUAACCUCAGGGAUAAUAGAUGACGAAGAUGUAAAGAAAAAAUUUGCCAACGUUUGCCAAAGAUUGCCAGUAUUAGACAGUAUAAAAUUUAACGAGCAAGAGAAUAAUGAAGUCCUAAGUUUUUAUUGUAAGCAUUUUUCUAACAAACAUAAUAACGGUUUUGAAGUAUACUGUGAUAAAUUCCCUAAAAUACAGAAGGAAUUAUGGUUUUUGAUUGGCUACAAAGGUGAUGAAUUGUUAAUGAUUAAAAGAUGUCAACCAAAGCAAAUGAAUAAGGAGGUUAUCAUACAUUGUGAUUUGGUCAUUCCUGAAGAAAUUCGUGGAGAAGAAUUGGACUUUGUUUUGAUAAAUGACGCGCUAGGAUUACGUUAUGAUUUAAGCCAUAAAUUAAUGCCCUAA